GCGGGAUCCCCCCUCGCCCGGGCGCGCCCACUCUUCCCUUCGCCUUCUGCUCCCCGCUCCGCUGCUCUUUCGCUCUCGCUGGACGAGCUGGUCUACUGGGUAGACAGUCCCUUUUCGCCGUUAUCAACCGCUUUCCUUCGUCAGUGCUUAGAGAGGACUGCAGCGCAGUUCGACCUCGUUCAAUAAUCAUUUGAAUUUCAAAGUUCGUGUUUGCAACAAAGCAAAAUGGGAAAUCUAGUUUGGUAUGAGUGGGCCCACUAUCUCGGCCUCACCUCUGCUGCAUAUGCGCUGUGGGCAGGCUUUUGGGGCCUCUUCUUCCGCAAGUUCUUCUGGGACAUGAUCGGCGGGACGCUGGGUCCCGCGGGAAUCAUCCCUGGACCCGGCUCUGCCCUGUUUGUUGCAGUGAUCGUCCAAGUCCCCCUCGUGCAAAUUCUAACAAUGAUCCUCUCCGUGGUGAUCCUGAUGCUCGAACUACCACCGUUGAAGUCGAUGAAAGAGUCGUUUGUCUACCGAAAUUUCAUGUUCAAGGCAUCACUCUACUUUGGUUUGGCCUUCCUAAGUGUCCUGUUCUAUCAGGGUAUCAACGCAGCCAUAUACUCCCUUGUAACCAUCUUUGCGUACACAGGCGCACAACUGAAGGGCGAAAUGAUGCCAGAACAGAAGGCGAACAAAGGACGGGGCAAGGGGAGUGAGGCAUGAUUGCUACUCGCUACCUUGUCCCCGCCCUGGGUUUCCCCUUUCUCCUUCUGUCUCGUUCAUUUCUCAGUCCUUUCUUUGCUCUCAUUGCUUCUGGUCUCGGCGAAAUUGAUUCUUCCCUCAUACUUUCACCACCACGCAUCAUUGUUCAAAGAGCCCCGGGCGGGGAGCAGUCUUUCUUCCUUCUUCUUAUCAAUGUACCGCACCGCAGUGGUCGUCGUUACACGCACUAGAAAGAAAUAGGAAAUCAAUCCUGGGGUUGGGAAGGUCAUGCGUGUGUUACGGUGGGGUCGAGGCUUUGCAUCCAUCUGUUGAGCAGACAAUAGUUGACCCAUCGAUCCUUAUCCGAUUAUUAUCAUGGC